AUGCGUGCAUAUAUUAAGGGGGUCAGGGCGAGGGCGGGCAUUUCACUCGUUGGUUUGUUUCUCUUGGAAGGUUGCCUCAUCUUUCUCUCAUCCAUCGACGUGCUGUGUGACGUAGGCAGGGUCACUUUAUGACAGUGCACCUUGCCACUCGGUUGUUUCUACCCUGCUGUAGUGACUACACGACUGUUUUCUGACAUUUUGUGAGUUUGCUGUACACUGCUGCUGUUCAGGAUACUUGUACAUACUGCGACCAAACAUUGGGGAUGAUCUGAUCGCUUUACAGAGAUCAACUAGGAAAAAGAACUUCAGCAAUGAGUUCCCACAGAGUGUCGUCUGUCGUGUCACGACUGCUCAACGGAAACAAGAAGGGCAAAAAGACAGAAAGUGUGAGUCCGACUUCUGCCUCCGGACUCAAAUACCCGCAGCUGGAAAAGUUAGAAGAAGUGAAACCCAAAAAGAAAAAGUCAAAGUCCGUGUCGUGCUUUGUCGGAGAGUCAGGGUCACCUCGUGGGUCAACUGAAAACCUGCAGUGCAUCGAGCAGAUCGACACUGAGAAACUUACGCAUGCGCAAAAUGGCCGCAAAACACAACCCCCUGCAUCCUGUUUUGUGGAAACUUCUGUACCGCUCGUCGAGAUAUCAUCCGUGAAGACCAUCGAGAAGCCGAAACCACUGCCGCGGAAACUCAAAUACACUCAGCGCCCGGCAUCUUGCGUGGUUGAGUCACUCUCUCAGCCUUUGCUUGCUUCGACCGGAAGUUCACUGCAGACCCUGUCAGAGUUGACCUUCCAGCAGGAAAGAGGUGAAAGUGGCAGCUUUUCUUCUUUGUCGCCCCAACCAUCUCAUCGGUACGAACAGAAGCGCAUUAACUACGACCUGAAAUCGUAUUUUCCACCAGCGAACUUCACCAACCCAAAGCCCAGCCCCAGGUCGAUGUGCGCUCUGACGUGUGACGUAGAUGUUACCCGGGCGACGACUGAUGGAGAACCUCCGGCAAGAAGUCCUUCCCUGCUCCCCACCUUGGAUCCACGCGAAGCAGUCUCCACUCCCCGUGACGAGGAGUCCGCGUGCCUUCUUCCCCGGGUGCGCGCACAUCCUCUAGGGCGUUCUCAGCCCCUGCCCAUCCUCCGCACCUUCCAAGUCGCAGGAUCAACUGUGUGCUUCUACAGAAUUUGUUGAUCACGUGAAGGAGACCUUAGAGGAUCUCAGCAUCUCCCCACCUAAGCCCACCUUCCAUUUCAUCCAGCGACCAAGAGCCACCCACAACAACCACAAGCUGUACAAGUCCACUGAUAUGCUGGCCACGCUGGAACAGUCUCGAUACCCCAUCUCCCCCUCUUCUACCCGACCUUUGUCCUGCUUCUCCGACGAGUCCGGUUACCUCAGCAACGACACGCCGACCCCGCCGGCCUUCUUCGGCGGUCUCUCGGCGUCCAUGGGCGACAUCUACCAUGCUCUGGACAUCGACGAGGCGGCCGUGGCGGACGACGAGUUGAGUUUUAGACGGGGUGGCAGCUUCCGGAAGGCACACUCGGUGUCCAGUCUCCUCCGCACCGACAGCAUCCAGGACCGCUCGCUGACGGUCAUGCGCAAACGGCGGCUGCGGAUGAAGAGUAAGCGCCAGAGCUCCGCGCACUACUCGUCCACGGAAACGGACGAAGGAGAAGCCGAUGUCAAGGACUCCUCCUCCUUGCUGGCCAACGCAGAUGACGCCAACGACUACCUGCUCGCUAGUGACCCCAGGAGUCACCAGGUGGCCGACGGGAAAGUGCUGACCCCAAGAACCCGGAGCUCAGUCUCGCGCCUGCACAGCAUGCAGAUGAAGGCUUGGGAAAUCAGACUGAGGAGAAAGCAGAUGAGCAGGCGCAAGAAGAGCACCGACGACCUCCACAGGCUUGAGACCUUGGUCUGAACACUGUCAUCCAGUGACAAUCUCAUUUCUAUCAAGUGACAGGCUUGAGACCUUGGGUUGAUAAAAAUCGUUUUCCCCACAUUACAACAUCCAUACUGAACACUAUUAUUAAUGUUUAGGACAUUUUGAAGACAAUUGAAAAAAUCGUUUCUUAAGACUGCCACAAUGCUUGAUAUACUUUUGAUAUUGUUUUAUUUUUGUUGACCACGUGAGUCAUUUUAAAAUAUUUGGUUAACAUAAAUGUUUAUGACAAUUUUCAUGGAUCAUAUUCUUGAACAGCUUCAUGAGCAAUGCGCAGGGCAGUAUUAAUUAAUAUCUAUCUUUGCCUCUCAAACAUUAGUUUAUCCUGCACAUUUGUUUUUGUGAAACAGAAAAUGUAACAGACGAACCUGUCUGGUUAGAUAAUUUCUAUUUUACAAUUUACGACACUUUAACAGUAAUCACUAAUGAAACAUCACCAUUUCUACAGGUUGGAGAUAUAUAUUAUUCGAUUUAUUAUAACCAUUCUCAAGAUUAUCACACCCUCAGCCGAUGAAAACAACGAAGAGUGGUUAAAGAAACAUUGAUUACAGCAACAACAACAAAAUACAGAUAAAAGAUGAGCAACUAUUAGCAUGAAGAAGGUAUUAAUCUGACAAGACCAUUUUCUGUUUAAGAAGAAUUUUACAAGUUGAAAAUGUGGUUCUCAGAUUGAAAGCGUGAGAAUAGUAUUAUUAUUUUUGUAUAAAUUCGAAUAAAUUGACAACUUUUUUGGUAAAAUUA